AUGCAGGUUGAAGUUGCAGAACCUUUGACCAAACUUGGUCUCGAGUUCCCCGACAUCUACCUUGGGUGUUACCGGAAAUCUAGACAGGGUCCUAUCAUCAUCUGCUUGAAAGGAAAGGACAAUGCACGGAUUGAUUUAGCCAUACAGGCUUUAUCCAAGAGAUUCAAGGAAGGUGUAUUCGUAGACAUGAAAUAG